AAAGACAAGCAUCAUUCCCUGCUGGUACAGUUGUUAUGUGAGGAACUGAAGGUAGAAGCUGAUCAGCUGAUGGACUUUGACCUUCACCUUGCUGAUACCCAACCAGCUGUUAUUGGAGGUGUAUUAGAAGAAUUUAUCUUCUCACCAAGAUUGGACAAUCUGCUAAAUGCCUAUACUGCUAUGGUGGGUCUAAUAUCAUCAUGUUCUACCUCAUCACUAGAUAAUGACACCAAUAUAAGAAUGAUUAGUCUUUUUGAUAAUGAGGAGGUAGGAUCAAGUAGUGCUCAGGGUGCUGGUUCCAGUUUCCAGGAAUAUGUUCUUCGUAGACUAAGCAGUGGUGGGAACCAGACAGCAUUUGAGGAAGCCAUUCCAAAAUCUUACAUGAUUAGUGCUGACCAGGCUCAUGCCAUACAUCCGAACUACAGUGAUAAACAUGAGAGCAACCAUCAACCAGGGUUUCACAAGGGUAUAGUUGUCAAGAUAAACGGUAACCAACGUUACGCCUCCACCGGUAUCACUAAUACUAUACUGCGAGAAGUAGGGAGAAUGGCUGAUAUACCGCUACAAGAUUUUGUGGUAAGGAAUGACUCUCCAUGUGGCUCAACCAUUGGUCCAAUAAUGUCAGCAAAACUUGGUAUGCCUACAGUGGAUAUCGGAGCCCCACAGCUCAGUAUGCACUCUAUCAGAGAGAUGUGCUGCACCUCUAGUGUAUGGCAGGCUCAAACUCUGUACCAGACUUUCUUUGAGCGUUAUCCUGAUGUUUACAACUCACUUAACUUCUAAUCAACAUUGAGAUGUCAGAUUGACCUUGAGAUGUCUAGGUGACUUUUAGACAUAUAUAUGUAAACAAUCGCAAGAUGUCUCACACUGCUGUGAUUACAGUCAUAAUAUUUAUUAACAUCAAUUAAGAUACAUUCAGUAUUGUUUAGCUUUUGAAUUCACCCGGACAUUGUUGUAAAAAACUUGUUGUCAAUAUAUAAUGAUUAUGUGGGUUGUAUUUUUUUCCUUCUUCUUCAGUUUUUGUUAUCAUUUCGAUAGUAUUAAUAUUAAAUUUUAACUCAGACUUUAUUAUUAUCUGAUCAAAUGUUCAAGUCAAUUGUUAAGUAAUUUGGAUCUCUUUUUUUUUUUGAUAUGAUAGCUUAAAUUUAAUAGUUAAUAUUUCAGCUUUUGUGAUAAUUUGUAUUAAAGUUCUACUAAUAUGGAGGGCUCUUGAUUUGAUUGGGAUGAACUGCACUUUUGAGAUUAUAUUACAAUGAACUUCUUUAAUAUUAUAGUCAGAGUUUUACUAUCAAUUUUUCUAAUAAUUCUUGAUUUUAAUUUCAAUUUAUAUGAUUAUUUGAACAUGAUUUUUGUGACUUAUAAUUAUUCAGAGCCGUCAUUGACUAAGUUGAAGGCAUAACAAUAAUAUGAAAAUACACAGAGGCAUAGGUUGGUUGAAAUGUUUGUGUCAGCUUAAUUCUGAGAGCAUUUCCUUCAUUGUUGUUUACUUAAUCAGUUCAUUAAUGCAGAAAUCAUGUAAUAUUCAACAUUGAAUUAUUUUUUAAGCAUCUGUGAUCAUCUAUUGAAUGAUUAGUAUAUUUUGUGUUCUAAGAAAGAUUUGAGCUUUAUGUUUCCUGGAACAUACAUUUUUCUGAUCAGUUUUUAUUUUGUUUCAACCAUUAAAAAUGAUUAUUGAAUAAAAUAUUGUUCUAGGAUGUCAUUGGUUAUCAUAAGGAGAAUAAUUGAGUAAUGGUUAAACAAAAUUUCUAAUUUGUAUUUUUUAAUUGUUAAAUGAAUACUUGAUGGGUUAAAUAAUUCUUCCACUAUAUUUUUUAUAAUCAUUACAGAAUAUAAAUCAGUAGGUAAAAUUUUGAUCUUUAUUUUCUCUUUAUUAAUCAUUAACAAAAUUUCUUAUCAUUAAACUAUUGAUAUAAUUUAUCUGGAUCAUUAUUGAGCUCUCUUUUUGUGUAACCAGGUUGUUCUAAUUUGUGUUUCAAGAUUCAGGGACCUUUUUAUACAAUUUUGAUAAUUUUUUGCUUAUAGAUUAUGCAACAUUUUUAUCUAUUGGACCCAUUUAUUUAUUUCAAUUAAUUACAGACUUAAAUUUUGAUAAUAUGUUAAUGUAUUUGUGCAUAAUUUACGUUAGUUGACAUUAAAUUAAAAAAAAAAUGAACAAAUUUAUUGUAUAUGUCUUAAUUUCUUUUAGUAUAUGUUCUGCCGACUUAGAUAAAUACAAAUUAGUAUAUGUGCUGCAUACUUAGAUAAAUAUGAUGUGUAUGCUGAGUGAUGAUAAUAAGGAUAAAAAGUUCAAAUACCUGUGAAUUUUAUAGUUUAUUUAUUCAUAAAUUAAUACAGGUACAUGUAAAUACACAAUAAAGUAUAAGGCUUUACUAAAAUAAAUAUGUAAGUCUUAGAUGUAAAACUUAUAAAAUAAGUAGUAAAAAAUGAUAGAUAAAAAAAUAACAAACAUUUAUCACAUUAGUAUGAAAAUAUGAAUCUCAUUGUAUCUUAUGAAGGCACUUUGCUCUAGGCUUAAAUAUAUAAUUUUAUUACCCUUCCAGAUUUUUUCCGCCUUUUUGAUUGGAUAUUGAUCACCCGAAAGAAAUUGAUAUAACCGAGCCAGACGGGUAAUAUACACACUAAAUUUCCCCGUUUGGUACCCAACGUUGUAAACAACAUGCGCGGAGAUGAUGCGCGUACGGUUCUAUUUUACACGGUGUAAAUUCCGAUUUAAAAGCACUUUUUAACUGUCAAAUGAUAAAUAUUUACCAAAGUAGAGUUAUGAUACAUAUAACCAUCAGUAUCGAAAACAAAUAUGACCUUGUGAAAGCUUGAUAUUAAUUACAAAAAAGUGCGUUCAAUAGACUACUCCUUUUCUCUUGUUUACUUUUGUAAGGUACGGGAAAAAUACGUCAUGUAUUUAUGUGACGUCAUGUUGUGACGAAGAGGUAUCCUAAAGGGAAUCUUAUUUCGACGUUUCAUUUGAAACAGCAAUGAUUAUUUAAAAAAUCGUCUAAACUCGGCAGGGGAAGGGUAAUAAAAUUAUUAUUUUGGUUUUGGAGUGAUAUAUGUGGAUAUAUUACCUGCCAAGAUAAAAUAUCACCCUCGCCUAACGGCUCGGUUGAUAUAAAAUCUUAACAGGUAAUAUAUCCACAUAUAUCACUCCAAAACCAAAAUAACAUAUAAUAUAAAUAAUCUUAACUGAACAUCCUGCCUGAUGUAAAAAAAAAAUAGAAGUUUAAAUACAUGCACCAUUAAAUAGAAUUACUGCACAAUUGUUAGAUAUAUAUAAUACUUUUAGGCAGGACUUUUGUCAUUGUGGCCAGAUAGCUGAAAAUUGUUAAAAAUAUUUUCUAAUAAGUGGUACAGUAUCUACAUCUACAUCAUACUGCUUAACAAUCAAUUCUGAUUAUGACUAGCAGGCGUAUUUUUUAUAUGUAUAUAUUUUGACUGCAUGAUGUAAAGUUAUAAUUUGGUAACGGAUUUAUGCUUAACACAUUGGAGAUACUAAAAAAAAAAAAAUUCAUUUUUAAGUUCACAGGUGAAAAACAAAAUCUUUCUACUGAUAUACAGUGAGUGAUAUAAGUUAUAUUUCAGUGAUGUCAGUUUUUUCAAUAGUGUAAAAUAUGCUUUAUUGUAAAUGUAAAAGUGCUACACAAAUAUUGUUAUUAUUUCUUUUUUCUUUCUUUCAAUUAGGAUAGUGUGUAUAUUUUAAUAUGCAACUUUAUAUUGUAUAGAACAGAAUAGAACAAAAUAUUUAUUUUUAGUCUUGAGCUCUUCCCAACCCUUUAUAAAUAUAAAUCAUGUAAAUUCAAGUCAGAUUAUUUACAAAAUUUACAGCAAAAAUUAAUGACAGACAACCUUAUAUAACCUUUGACCAUUCAUAAAAUAUAGAUCUUGUUUCCAAUACAUUACAAAAAUGUAGGUACUUUUAAUUGUUGAUACAAUAACAUAUGUUUAACAGAUAUGAAUUUAAUUAUUGAGCAUAUAGACCUAUUUUGUUGAGAUUACACCCACUAGAUAAAACCAUUAAAAGACAUAGCUUUACAUGUAUAUCUAAGCAGUAAAAACAAGUGAAAUUUUGAACAAAAUGCAAUGUAUAUAUUUUUUUUAUACAGAGUGCAAUAUAUUAAUUUAUUUAUACUUCUGGCUACUUGGUUGAUUAACAAGGGUAAAGGGAAAAAAGUAGCAUAUGUAUUGUACAUUGUAAUUCUGAACUUAAAUCAUUUUGAAGUAAAAUUGAUUAUCCACCAAAAAAAAGAAGAUAAAACCAUAUUCAAAUUAUACUGUAAUUAUGCAAACUAUGAUUAUUUUGUCAGUAGAGAUAUUUGUAAUUUGAAAUCAGAAAAUAAAAAUAAUAAUGCUUA